AUGAUGACGUGCCGUCUGCUGUGCGCCCUGUUGGUGCUUGCCGCGUGCUGCUGCCCGUCCGUGGGCGCGACAACGACUGGUGGAGAUCCAGGUAAGGGUAGCGUUUCAGCGCUCCCUCAGCCACCGGGAGAAGUUGGUGCAGGGCCAAAAAAUGCUUCCACGGCGUCAGGUUCAACAGUUCCGACCGCCACGUUACCGGAAACCGGAAAUCCGGACAGUCAGCAACCCGCUCUGCCAGGGAGUCCAGGUACAGAAGGUUCGGAGUCUAUUCCAAAAGCGAAACCAGUUGGGUCCGAUGGGUCAGGGUCGUCAGGUGGGUCCGCUAACCCAGCUGCGGCAUCAAUUUCCGUGACCGCUUCUGUACCGGCACAGAGUCAGAAGGAAAAUGCGCCAACAACAACAACCACUACUACGACAAAAGCACCAACUACCACCACCACUACGACUACGGAGGCGCCAACUACAACGACCACCCGCGCACCGUCACUUCUUCGCGAAAGCGACGGCAGCCUCAGCAGCUCUGCGUGGGUGUGUGCCCCGCUGCUGCUCGCCGUAUCCGCGCUGGCGUAA